CUCUCUUUGCGCCUGCGCUCUUGUUCCCUUAAAGACCACAGUGGAGUCUACGACACCCAAACAGCAGUGAGCAGCAGUCCUCUUGUCUCCAGCCAGCACGGGACAUUUCACAUGCAUUGGGUUUGUGAGUUCACUUGAUGUCGGCACCCUCAGGGGUUGGGAGGGUCUGCAAAAUCAAAACCAAAACCCAAUAAUACAGUUGAAACUUCCAACUAGCACCUACACCUGCGACCACUCUCAUGUUCCUGCAGAGCACUGAAUAGUUCAUUCUAAAAACACUAUUGCAGAGCUUAUUGCCAACAUGGAGGGCGUAGCAGUGGACAACCUAAUAGACUUUGACCUGCCCUCAGAGGCCACAGCUCUAAGCAAAGAUGGAGGCCAACACCAAGGCCAGAGAGACAUUUUCUCACCAGAGCAGACACCUUCGAUGGGAGUCCACCAGCAGCCCUUACUGCCAGAGCCCAUAGCGCCAAAUAAGCCCAGCACUCACCACCACCGCCAACACCACCAAGAGGAAGGAGACAAUGACAGCGAUGCUACAGAGUCGGCAGACAGCGAGAACGACAUGGACCCGCCCUCUCACAUGUGGGAGCUGAGGAGGUCGUCCUCUUCGUCCGCUCACAGUGGAGAAGACGCUGACACUCAGACGGUGGAGAGGAGGCACUUCAUGAAGGCUUAUGUGGAGAAGGUGUUUCACGGAAAGGAGGACUUUGACCAGGAAGAGAAGGCUCGUUUUGGAGAGCUGUGCAGUGGAGAGAAUGGCAAAGGCAGGGAGUGGUUUGCCAAAUACGUCAGCGCACAGCGCUGCCACUCUAAAUGUGUGAGUGAAGCCACCUUCUACAGACUGGUGCAGUCUUUUGCAGUUGUCCUGUUUGAAUGUUAUCAGAUGGAUGACUACAGCCCAGCCAAAAACCUCAUGACUAUGUGCUUCACAUACUACUACAGUGGGAAGUCCCAGCCAUCUCCCUCGGAGCUGCUGGAUCGUGGCGGUCCUCCAGCUGGUCUGGACUCGUACAUCAACAAGGCCAACUCCUGGCUGUCUGUGAAGAAAGAUGCCGCUGAGCGCCUCCUCAAAACCACAUCUAAAACUGAUGUCAAGGGCUUCUUUGGAGGCCUAGAGAGCAAGCUAAGGGGCUCAAUGGCUCCCAAGACUGAGGAUGGGGAAAGCCCAGUUGAGACAAAGCCCAAAUCACCAGUGUCUGAGGUUCCAGAGGUAAAGAAAGGAGAGAAGGUGUACCUGUACACCCACCUGAAGCAGCAACCCAUCUGGCACACUCUUAGAUUUUGGAACGCUGCGUUUUUUGAUGCCGUCCAUUGUGAGAGGACGAAAAGAUCACCAACCACGAGGGGAACGCAGGAUGAAGAGAAAGACGAGAGGGAGAAGUGGUGUCAUAUGACCCAGGAGGAGAGGGACGACAGCUCCAAAAUCGAUGAGAACAUCGCCUUCGGCCAGCUGGGGACAUUCACUCAUAACAUGCUGGCGUUUGGGCUCAGCAAGAAGCUCUGUAAUGACUUCCUGAAGAAGCAGGCCGUCAUUGGGAACCUGAAUGAAGAACAGUACAAGUUGCUGAGUGACCACAUAGAGAAAAUGGCAGCAGAGUGAGUUUGAGGACGACCGCAGCAUUUCAGAGUCUCCACAUCACAAACUGGCAGCACAAUGUCCCAGUGACCAACUCUCUGUUUGACUGUCGUGGUAUUUGUGCGUUGCUCUGCUGAAAAACAACAUCCCCGGCUGUACUGAACUGUGCCAUAGUUGUAGCAAACCCUAUUUAUCCAUCAGAAAAAAGCAGCAAAGUCUUCCUCCUGAUUACGUACUCCCUUUUACCCACGCAUUUACAAUCUAAUGGUAUUCAUUUUAUGUUUUUUUAAUUAUAAACUUGAUUAUACCCAUGGGAUCUUUAGAGACUAUACAUAUCUUUUCAAAGUGCCUUCCAUGAAAGUUAAUGUAUUUUUAUCUCGAGAUGCUACGCUCGAUUGCCCAACCAAACACUAAUGCAGAGCCUGCACUGAUCACUCUAUUACUUAUUCCCAGAUAAAAAACACUUCUGCACACAAUAUUUUUUAUUGUAAUGCUAUGUGUUUUCAGUGAUGGACCUAAGUAGCAGUUUAAUUUCAUUUGGUUGAGCUGUAAUUUAUACAAUGCAUAGUUUAGCAUGUCGCCUGGAUGAAAGUACACAUUCUUUCCUAUCCUGCUACAUAUGUAUGCUAUCUAUCUGUAUAUCUAUCUAGCAGGUGCAAACAGCAUCAAGCUAAUGUAAAAUGAGUAACUGAACUGUGAAGUGACAUUUCCUAAUUGUAUUACUUCAUCCUACCACUUAGGGGUAGCAUUGUGUCUUCAUUUAAAGCAUGUCUCAAUAAAAGGUUCCUAAAUUCAAUAGUCCUUAGCUUUAGGCUCGAGAACGCAUCAUUGAGUGUUUUUCAAUAAUGAAAUAUGGUUACCUACAUUUGAAGGCCAGGAUGAUGCACUUUUUGGCAGGUUGAAUCCCAUUUCAGAUUGAUAAUCUGUGUUAAUCUGUGUGGAUGACGUCAUUUUGUAAAUACUGUACAUAUUUCUCUGUAUGUCUGUAAGAAUUGAUCACGUGCUGCUGUUUGUGAACUGUAGGUAAAUGUAAUGUAUAAACAAUAGAUGUAAUUGUACAUUGUGUCCAUGAGAACAUACAUGUCUAACUGUAGUUAUGACCCUGAAGUGCCCCCAUUAAUCCAACCUCUGACAUGCUCGUUCAAAGUAUUUGCAUAUCGUGUUGUGCAAUAAUCUCCAAUGUAAAUGUAAAUCAUUCCUUCCCAGCUGAGUGACACGUUUGGAGCUACAUGCAGUAUAUUCAUACAAAUCAUACCAAUCCCAUAGACAGCCUUGUAAACCUCUGUUUGCUUUGCACCAUUUUUAUUGACUCUUUCAAUUCUCUCAGGUGUCUCUUUGCAUGUGCUCUAAGUCCAUUUCUAAAUCUUUGAAACAUAUUCUUAGACUAUGUACGCGAUAGCUAAAUACCCUUCAUUCCUGAUGUGACCAUGUUGCAACUUUGUAUACCCUUCUGUGUACACCCUUCGGGCUUGGUUGAAGUAUUGACCUGUAUAUUGUACUUUUUAGCUCAGCAUGAGCCAUUUGCACUAAAUUUAGUCUCAACAUCUGUACUCUCGUAGCUAUUAAAUAUUGUUAUAUUGAUGCCUUGUACAAAUGUUCUGCAUAGCCAGUGCCCCCUCUCUCUUGAACAGAUCUGUUAUGAAAUGUUGAUGGUAGUUUGUCUUUUGUAGCCUAGAUGAAAAGACCAUUUAAACCAUAUUGACUUUGUGUCAAUUGGUCAUUAAAGUAGUACGUUAGGUUUUUCAUGUGAUUGCCCUUUUGAUAAACUCAUGUUGUGAAGAUA